AUGGAAGAGCAUCACAUUCUUCCAAGGUUCAUUUUAAACUUCCAACAAGCCAAAAUGACUGAAAUGCGAGCUCUGAUCCAACAAAGUGCCACCUCCAAAACCCUCACGCUAACCAAGACCCCCCGUCCAACCCCAGCUUCAGACGAACACCUCAUCCAAGUGAAAGCAUGUAGUCCCUGCGCGGGCGAGCUACUCUGGCCAGCUAACUUCCCACCUCCCAAUCAACGCGCUCUCAUUCCAUGCCCUGACGUGGCGGGAAUAGUGAUAUCGGCCCCAGCGGACUCACCCUUUAAACCAGGUGACUCCGUUUACGCCCGCACCAACUACAUUCGACCCGGAAAUGCGUGCGACUACGCUACAGCUCCGACAGAUGAACUAGCCCGCAUGCCUCAAGGAAUGAGCUUUGUACAGGCUGCCGCGGUCCCUGUUUCUGCGCAGACGGCAUGGCAGCUUCUUCUUGUUCAGACGUUUGGGGAAUUGAACUGGGAGGAGGCCAAGAAGGUGUGGGGUGGGAACAGAGUUCUUGUUACUGCUGCCUCGGGAGGCGUUGGGAUGUGGGUUGUGCAGCUGGCGAGAUUACUUGGGGCCGAGGUCAUUGGGACUGCCGGGGGUAAUAUGGGAAUUGUGAAAGAGCUAGGAGCGGAGGUUCUGGACUAUCGAACUACUAAUCUCAGAGAGUGGGCCGGCCAGGAGAAGGUGGAUGUUGUGGUGGACUGUAUUGGAGGAAAGUCAUUGCGGGAUGCAUGGUGGACUGUCAAGGAUGGAGGUGUGGUGGUGAGUAUCUUCCAGCCCCCUUUGAUGGUGAAACCGGAGGAAUUUGAGGGUGAGAAUGUGAAGGAUCUGUUUUUCGUUAUGCAGCCUGUUGGUCAACAAUUGGAGGAGAUCACGAAGUUGAUCGAGGAGGGUGCCUGUCGGGGAAUGGUGGACAGCGUUUGGCCACUUGAGCAGUACGAAGAGGCAUUCAGGAGGCUGGAUACAGGUCAUGCAAAGGGAAAGAUUGUCUUCGAUCUGGAAUUGAACUAG